UUAUGAGUCGUCUUCGUCAGUUGUAAGCUAACGUUGUAAUCGCGUUGAUGUCUUUUGUAUGGACAGCACGGCGGACACUCCUGCGCAUCUAAUUGUGUGUCGUUCGUUACCUAGAAUUCUAUAUCGAGUACGACGAGUUGCAUUCUGACAGCUGUCAGUACGGCCGCCCGCGAGCCUAGACGCAGGGCAAGGGACCGGUUAUCGCUAAUGUUUCACGGAAAGCUGGCUGAUUUCUCGCAGGUUUUCCAUCAACGUCGCGGUGAUAUCGACCGGGAGACAAUAAAUCCGGUUCUGCAGCGGGCGGGUUGCAAUUAAACUAGUGUCGCGACUGGGUUCGCGGACCGUGCGAAAGUGAAGCACUCGCCGACGAGGCCGGGUACGGAAACCACAGAGUAACUGCUUAGAAGUUUGCUAAAAGUUUGUUUUGUUAUUACCUAACGUAUUUAUUGUUUGCAACAUUUAUAAUUUAAAAGAAUACUCCAUAUCUGCUUCAGAAGCGCGGGUCUGGCUAGUACGUUAAAGUGAAGAUAUUUUAAAUUGUGAAGUUGAAGCUUUUUUGAUAAAAGCUUAGAUAAAAUGCAUUAGUUUACAUUCUCAAUUCCACGAAUAUAGGUAAGAUUUUGUGUGUUCCCGUAGAAUUCCGUGUUCAGUGGACCGUGUCACCUGACGGCUGAAUGCAUAGAGGAAAUUAACAGGUUAAGGUUGGGGUCAUCGCAAAAAGCUUGGAAGUGGGAAGUCUGUGUGUGGUUACGCUGUGGUGGCUAGCGUCGCGAGCGGCGGCGGUGGUGGCGGCGGGUACUCCGGCCGGCCGCGACAGUCCGCGCGCAGAGUCCGGCGCACGCGCACGCGCCGCAGCGCCCGAGAGAUGUCGCGCUAGCGGCGCGCGCCAUGGUGUAUCCCGAGCCAGCCCGCUGGGGCGCGCCCGACGCCGCGCUCGCGCCCCUCUACGAUGACGUCUACCGAGGUCAGCUGACAUUUGCAAGUUGCAACCUCCGAUGCAUCGCCCUUUGUCUCUGUGCCCCUUCGCAAUUUCUAAUCUCACGAUAACUCCUUCGGUUGCGCUCAUUAAUUUUUUUCAAGUUGCACACGUGAAAGCUCCAUAGUUGUAGCUUCUCGACUUAACGAUAUUGAUGGAAUACAGUUUCUCCUAACGUCCCUGCGGACGGACUCAGUAGUGGAGUAUGGACAAUAUGCGAAUUUAUUUGUCGGACGGUGUGCUGUCGACAGUAAAUGUGGUGGAAGCUCUCCAGGAGUUCUGGCAGGUGAAGGCGUCGCGGGGUGGGGGAGGGGGGGCCGCGGGUGGGGGAGGCGCCCUGGUCAUCUACGAGUCGGUGCCUGCAGCGCACCCCCCAUAUGUGUGCUACGUGACGCUGCCAGGCGGCGCGUGCUUUGGCAGCUUUCAGAACUGCCCAACAAAAGCUGAAGCGCGGCGCAGCGCAGCGAAAAUAGCGCUGAUGAACAGCGUGUUCAAUGAGCACGAGUCGAGGCGCAUCUCGGAGAAUUUUAUAGAGAAGGCGGUGGCCGAAGCACGCGCCUCCUUCGCGGGCGACGCGGCGGCGCACCACCAGGACCCUAGCGCUGGCAUCGCUGCUUUCAGAUUUAUGUUAGAAGCGAACAAAGGGCGGACGAUGCUGGAGUUUCAAGAGCUCAUGACGGUGUUCCAGUUGCUGCACUGGAACGGCUCGUUGCGAGCGAUGCGCGAGCGCCAGUGCUCGCGGCAAGAGGUGGUCGCACAUUACUCGGCGCGCGCGCUUGACGACGCUAUGCGCGAACAAAUGGCGCGUGAAUGGGCGGCGCGGGAACGCGAAGCUGGCGCGAGCGGAGGCGUGAUCCGUGCAGAGCUCGCGAGAGCGGAACGUGAACUUCGCGCUGCUCGCCUUGCCGCUCGCGAACUUCGCUUCCCAAAGGAAAAACGUGACAUCCUCCUCCUCGCCGCUCGCCUAGCUCCACCCCAGCAGCAACAGUGAUCUCACAGCACGCGUCCCCCUGUUAUUUAAGUACCUAUAGUCUUACCCCUUUAUUCAUAAUUUCCACUGAGUUCAGUCCAUUAUCUCUUUUAACUACGAAUCGUACUGAAAUGUACCUAAUUAUUAAGUAAUUCGUCUCAUCCUAGUGAGAAUAAUUUCUUUAUUAAGUCGGUUGCUUUUUAUGAAUAAUGGGGUCAUAGUCCUAGUUAAUUAGUAUUUCAUUUAGACCCCGAUUCCUUCUUUAGUUUUAGUUAUACUUUAGUCAUUAUGGAACGUAGGAAUAGGCUGAAAGUCUCUAAAAAAUUGUUAACUUUAAAGUAUACAUCGCGUUCGAUUUGGAUUUCUGAUUUUCAUAAUAAGAUAAUCUAUUGUAAGAUUCCCAGAAUAUUAUUUUUUUAAGUUUAGUUGAAAUGAUAAUUGUUUGAAAUUAAUAAAUGAUGUUUGGUAAAAAUGUGAUUUGAAUUUUCCCAUCUAAUUGAUUUCCCUUCGCCCUACUCACGGCAGUGCUCAGCGGAAAUGGAAAAUAGCCCUUGAGCGUUUCUUA